AUGAAGGCUUCCCUGAUCACAUUUGGUGCCCUCCUCGGCCUGGUCUCGGCCCAGAAUGCCGUCGUGCACAACCACUGUGCCACCUCUGUGUAUGUGCAGUCGUUCCCUUACGAUGGCAGUGCCCCCGGCCCUCUCACAACCAUUCCCAAGGGGGGGACUUUCUCCGAGAAAUUUAGAGCAUCUGGCUCGACCGUCAAGAUCGCCAAGACAAAGACGCUGGAUAAGCCACUCUUCUUUGGCUAUUCGUUCUCGUCCAACCCGGACUACGCGUACUAUGAACUUAGCACGGAAUGGGGCAACCCCUUCGCAGCGAAUCCCAACUCGCUCAGUCCCGGGGACGGCUGUGAGGUCUUUGACUGUGCGGCCAAUGAUGCCGCCUGCUACAGUACCCCAGCUCAUAAGAAGGUCUAUGGGUGCCCCCAGCCAGUUACCCUGACGGCGGACCUGUGUCAGUAACUAUAUCGCCUACACUCUGUAAUGUGGUGG